UUUUAAUCCUCACAUCACAUGCACUCCCCCUUUCCCCUCUAUCCUUUCCACCUCAUCCAUAUGGCUGAUUCGUUCCAGACUGCUCAUAACUCAUUACAGACAUUUGUACUCUUUACUUAAUCAAGAAACCCUCUCACACCUCUGUAAAAUCCCAUCAAAAUCCCUUCUCUUUUACGCCUGAAAUUUCCCCCAUUCUACCCUUUUCCUAAUUUCAAGACAAAUUCCGAUCGGAAUUCCUUAUGAUUUCAAAUUCAAGUCACCACCCUUGACCUUGAGUCGAUCUUAAGAGUGAACACCCAAUUUAAAGGUUCAUACUUCAUAGCGAUUUGUGAGAAGUUUGUUUGUGUAAUGUCUAGCCAGAGUAAUCGAGUUGUUGAUGGAUUGAUCCCGGGUUACGGCAAGAUCCGGAAACGAGGGUGUUCUUCAUCGCCAUCUUCGUCUUCUAAAGUGCAUAAUUACCGAUUUAAGCGAGCAAUUAUGGUGGGGAAGAGCCGAGUGGGAGGUGGGUCCAGAUCCAGUACGCCGGCGCCGUCGUGGAGGAUGACGCCUUCGUCAAAAUCCAAGCUUGGUGGUGGUGGGGGCGUGGAGUCGCCUAAUUACGAUGGCGGCGGAGGGAGGUCGAAGCCGGUUUCAGCCAGGAAACUGGCGGCGACACUGUGGGAGAUGAAUGAGAUGCCGUCGCCGCAGAAUUUGGAGACGACGAGGCGGAGGAGGGAGAAGGAGACGACGAGGGUUAGUGAGAAAACGAACCGGCCGGUUCAUACACCCGGUUCGCUUCCUCCUCAUUUGUCCGAUCCAUCUCAUAGUCCUGUUUCUGAGAGGAUUGAUCGAUCUGGAACAGGUUCCCACCAUAGGACUUCAAUUUCUCAUAAACUUAAGCUCGAGGACAACAAUGGCGGAAAUUUCGAUUCAUUUAGCAACGCCAGUUUAAUGGAGACUGAAACCAGAUCUCGAGCUCAAACCCCUAGCGCUUCUGCCAUUACUGUGAACCCACGAUUAAAAGAUGUCAGCAAUGCUUUAACAACAUCAAAAGAGCUUCUAAAAAUCAUUCACAGGAUGUGGGCUCACGAUAAUCUUCCAUCAUCAAGCAUGUCGCUCAUAUCAGCUCUACACACAGAGCUAGAAAGGGCCCGCCUUCAAGUCAACCACAUCAUCAAAGAAGAACGAACAGGUGAAACUGAAGUCAACUACCUUCUAAAAUGUUUUGCAGAAGAGAAACAAUCAUGGAAAACGAAGGAAAGACGAUCAAUCGAGGCGGCAGUCGAGGCUGUUUCCGGCGAGCUCGAGGUGGAGAAAAAGAUGAGGCGGCGAUCGGAAAGCUUGAACAAGAAACUCGGGCAAGAAUUAGCAGAAACAAAGGCGAAUUUUUCCCAAGUUUUGAAAGAACUUGAAAGUGAAAGAAGAACACGUGAAAUUAUGGAGCAAGUUUGUGAUGAAUUAGCUGUUGAUAUUGGUGAAGAUAGGCUUGAAGCUGAAGAGAUUAAAAGGGAAUCUGUUAAAGCUCAUGAAGAAGUUGAAAGAGAAAGAGAAAUGCUUCAACUUGCUGAUAAAUUACGUGAAGAAAGAGUUCAGAUGAAAUUAGCAGAAGCUAAACAUGAAUUUGAGGAAAAAAACGCACUUGUUGAUAAAUUGAGAAAUCAACUCGAAGUGUUUCUGGGGAAAAAGAAAGGAAGAAAAGAUGAAGAUCUUAUGAUGUAUUUGAAUCAAAGCAAUAUUGUUGAUAAUGGAGAAGUUGAAAACGAGGAAGAUGAUGAUCUUCAUUCGAUAGAAUUAAAUAUGGAUAAUAACAACAAGAGUUUUAAGUGGACCCAUGGUCAAAAUUCCCACAACAAUUUGGUCAACGGGAAAGGAACAAGAAGAAGUACUUCUUCGAUUCAAAGAAGUAUUUCCGAUGUUAUUGAAUUCGAGAAAUUAACUCCAAGAAGAAGCCAUGGUGAUGAAUUGCAAAGAUAUAAAUCGGUCAAAGGUCUUAGGGACAGGAUUUUGACCAAUUUGAAGCCACAAAUUUCGAGAGAUUUUGACAAUGGUGUUGUUCAUGGGAGUGGGUCAAAGUCUAGAGGUGAAACGGUUAAUGGUAGAAGGUUAAAAAAGUGAAUUUGAGUUUGAGUUUGACCCACUUUUGUUGGUCAACGGUCAAUGCUUUUGACCUCCAUGGAUGAUUGUUGUUGAUGAAAACUUGGAGCUUUGAAAGAUGUUAAGAAGUUAAGUUGCAUGAAUUUGUAGUAUAAAAGUGUCAAUUUUGUAGGGUGGUUCCAAUCCAAGUGAUUUUCCUUUGUACAAAUACUUA